GCGAGCCUCAGUGCUGAUCUAGCUGGCGAGACGACAGUGUGCGAGGUCGACGGCGCGGAGACUCGUCCAGUGUCGAAACGCGAAGUGUUUCAUCCAGUCGAAGAAUCAUCGCAGGUCUACGGAUAAGAAGUGAUGACACAGUCUUAUCUGCUGUCAUCAAAAUACAGUGAUUAGAAGUGAAUGUUUGUUUUUACGCUGCAAUUUCAUAAUGUAAUUCUGUUCUUCGUUUUAUGAUUGUAAUAACGACUUACGCGUAGGCAGAUUUUGUUUCGUCAUUAGUAACUUAUCUUCUCAGUGAAUGUAAUUAAGAUUUGUUACUUUCGAAGAAGAACGUUUCGGUUUUGAACGUUCAGUUCAUUGUUCAAAAUAUAUCGCUUGAAACCGUUGUUUUCAACAAUCGCAUUACUGUUUUAAUUUCGGGUGUAACGCUACCAUUGUUGUGAAGUGAUAUCAUUAUUAACUCACAAAAUCUUUGACCAACAAAAGUUUUAAUACAGGCAGAGAGAAUUGAAUGAUGGUUUUUAAUUCUGACGUCUUGCUGUCGGCUCAGGGAUUCUCGUAAGUGUCGUGUGUUCUGACAAUUUAAACGUAACGCGUGUGGACAUUUGUGACAAUGGAAGGGAAAAUUAAUUUGUCCGGAUUUGUUGGGGCCGCGGUGUCCGUGUGUUGGUUUCUGAUGCUGUCCGGAUCUUCGGGGACCUUCAUCAGCGGCGAAGAAGCCCUCGGGUCUCCGUUGAGGGUCGCCCAGUGUCGCGCGCAAUGUUUGCAGGCGUUCUCGAAAGGAUCGAACCGAGAGUCUGCGUGUCUGCAAGGCCCCGACUGCUUCAUGUGUUGGGAAAACUGCGAGCUACUGCAGUCCAAUUUUCCGGUCUGGGGCGCCAUGUGUUCUGAACGAGGAAUUUGUUUUCCCGGGUGUCAGCAGGCCUGUCGCUUCCACCGGGAGACAGCUACCAGGGAGGUCCAUCAGUCACAGCCCGUGAUACACACCCGCGGCGAGGAGGUGGUAAAGAUGGCCGGAACGGUGGCGCAGUGGCCUCGACCGCCGACCACGAGUCCCAGCAGACCCCUGGUGUACGUGGUGAUGAGGCGCCAGGCGGGAUCCUCUUCUAGCUGGCGCCAGAUCGCGCAGACCGUGGAACUGACGGUACGCCUGCCAGCCGCUGAUAGCAGCAACCUGGGGUCGGCGACCAUCAGGGUCCUCGUAGUUGACCCAGAAGGACUCGUGACCAUCUACAGCCCGGUCUUACCCUCAGAAUCGGCCUCCCCGACGGGAAGUGACGUCAUUAGCAAGGUCAUGGCUGGUCAUCGGAAGAAGAUCAACACCGAAGUCACUCCAACCUCCACCAAAUCUCCUGCCGCGUAUAAAGUUGGUGGUGCGUGGGAGCUCCGAGAGGUGUCUCUGAUUCACCAGAAGGUGCUCGUUAUCGCGGAGGUCGCGUGGGAACCUCGCGUGCCCCGAGGCGUCUACCUCGUCACUUGGGAGGUCGACGGAGGAGGUCUGAAGGGGAACCUCUUUACUGACUCCACCUGCGUUACCCUGUCUUUGUGGCCUGAUACCAUCUAUCACAUUCAGGUGGAGCUCGUCUCCAGGACGGCCAACCACCAGCCAGAACGCAGCGACCCUCUCGUCAUCGACACACAUCGCGCCCCACAGGUUACCUUCCAGUCUAGUUUCCGGUCCGCGCCGUCCUCCGGAGAGCCCUCACGGGCGGUCAGCCAGGGUGUCUCCGCCGUCAGCAGCCCACUGCUGUCGGUGCUCGUCGACCGGGAUGUUGUCGGCGAAGUAAGUACGGAGAGACGCCAGAAGAUGGAACUGCUGGCGGGAACCGGAACUGCGGUCCUGCUGUUUCUCGUCGUCGUGGGUACACUGGCCUGGAGGUGUCAGAGGCACUCCCUGACGUCGGGCUCGUCCACGAUCAGGCGUAAGAAGUUGGUUGAGGACGUGCCGAUAUGCAGGGCAGGUUUUCAUCCAAUUGUUACGAUGACGAACGUCCGAACCGGAAAUUGUAGUAGAGGCGUGGUGACCGGUGGCGCAGGGAGGAGUCUCUUGUGUGGCGGAGCGGACUCCACAUCCGCUGGGACAGGAACAGCUGUCAAAGGAAAUCACCCAUCAAAAGUCGUAGCAGAAGGAAGUGGCGGAUCGCUUCACGCGUCACCUCGUAGCCAAUCAGAAGACGCUUUCACAUCGACGUCGUCAUUUCUAAAGGAAGUGGAACGCGGAGCCCGAAACGAAGUCCAAGUGUGACGUCACAGCGAUCCCAUUGUCGCGCCGAACUUGGAACAUUGUUGGACUGGUUGCUCGUGCAAGACUGAACUAAGUCUCUCCACCAAGCGAGUGAAGAUUUGAGUCUUGUGGAUGAGUGCGUGCUAUUGUGUCAGCCAAAAGUUUAGUUUGUGCUUCCCUGCGGCAGGAAGGGGUGUUUUGCCAUCCAUUUUGGAAACAGAAUAUCGGUUUUUUCGUAUUAUUUUGAAACGCGAACGAGUGUGACGCGUUCCUUUAGUGACAGUGACAAACCAAAGAGUCCUCUGCAUUCUUCUGUAACGUUUGUGUGUAAUUGAAACAAAUGAAAAUGGCAGUGCGUUGACGUACGGUUGCUUGCUAAUGAUAUUUAAACAUUUUAAUGUUAAAUAAUAUAAUGAUUCACAGUUUGCAGAAAUAUGUCGACAAAAUUCAUCGCGUGUUUAAGGAAGAAGUUUUUAAAAUCAAGUGCUCCGAGAUAAAUUUAAAUUUUAAAAAAAGAAAAAAAAAGUUGCGAAAAGUCGUCAGAAAUUUGUUUCGGAGUGAAUAGAAGUGCGUCGCUUUAUCAAGUUACAAGUAUUUAUUAUCAUUAGUGCUAGACUUUUGCAGACACGUGUCUGCACUACGAGUAAUUAUUACGUCUUCAGCUGUGUUGUUCUUAAUGUAUAACUUGAAUUUUUAAAGUGACGCUGUGAGCUUUUGAAAGCAUUUCCAUUGUCGAUGCUUCUGAAACAAGAAUUCAGAGUCGCGGAAGUCGGUGUUUUGAUGUAAUUCGUAAUUUUUGUGACGUGUUUCAAUUGCCCCCCCCCCUCCCAAGAACUUUCUUCUUGAAAAUGUCUGACGUCGUCGUAGGAACGGGGGCGAGUCCACGUAAUUCGACCUCGCGGUAAAAUGAACGUCGUGGAGUCAAACAAUACGUAGACCGGAAGAACACUUUUCUUUCCGGGACGUGUUCCAGAGGACCGCGCGUCGAACUGCCCAAGAGAAUUAAAAUUACCGCGCAACUUGAAUAUUCGUAGCUCGCCAAAACUUAAAUUCCCACAUCCCUAUUUUUCCGUUAUUUAUAAAUAUAUCUAACGCCAUUAAACACGCUAAUAGUCGCUUAGCUAGUCAAAUUCUCCAUUUUCUUUGAAACCCCGAAGGCUCGUUACCGUGUUCAUAAGAAUCCACCGCCGUCCCAGUCCUGAGCCAGAUGAAUCCAAUCUGCACCUUUCGAUUUAACGUCCUUUAUAAUAUUUUCACGCGGUCACGCCCAGGUUUUUUUUUCAGACUAAAAUUCUGUCAUUUUCUGUCUCCCCAUGCGCGCUAUGUUCCUUGCCCAUCUCAGACUCGUUGAUUUGGUGAUUUUGAUGAUAUUUGGUGAAUAAGUCGAAUGCUUUAUCGCGUUCACAGGGAAAAUAAAAUAUAAUCGUAAAAUGAAACGAUUUCGCUACCGAUUCUGAUGUAAUUUAAAUAAUUUCUGAAGCGAAAGACGUUUUUCGCGCCCUUAUUUUCUGCCAUCAUCAAAAUGGGAGAGCGAUUUUCGUCGAUAAGAAAAACCCCUCUGUUAUAUUCAAGUUGGUUUAUGAUUAUUUUACGCGAAUUUUUGUUGCAAAGACGCGAAACAUCGGUCUUUAUAAUAAUACGUUAAGAAAUUAAGGCCAGAGACCUCCUUAAUAUCCACUGCGUCUUGGACUUACGAAAUUCGCAGUCAAAUUCUCGAUUUUCUUCCGGUUUGAAGAUACCACGUGGUCCGUCGCCGGGAACAUGGCGAAUCUCCGAAAAAAAAACAUGGCGAUAGUGCGAAAGACAUGCAUCAAUAUUGGUUUUACGGGUAGUAAUGCCGUGUGGACUUGUAGAUAGAUACUGACGUUUCGGAGGAACAUAUUGUUUCCAUCUUCAGGGCUGAAGUAUUGUGGAAAAAUUGUGUUCCGAGCGUCCGUUGCUGUCUGAUUAAAUAAAAGUGGAACCAAAGCUUAUGUUCGCUGUUCAUAUAUUGCGCUAAUGAUUAAAUCUCUUAGGCUUAUUCUGAGAAAGAUUUCACGAUCAGUUGUAGAAUUUUUUUAAAAAAAAAAUUUCUUGUAAAAUAAUGGAUUUCGAAUAUUUGAUUUAAUAUUGAAAUGCGAGCAUUAUUUACGAAUAUAUCGGUAUCGGUGCUGCCAUCUAGACUAGAAAUAUUUUAGUAAUAUUUUUAUUCUUUCAAUUAUUUAUCGUGGAAGAAAUAAAUGUAAGUAGGAAAUAUAAAGAAAAGUGCUAAGUAAUAUUAUAAAAUAAAUGACUGUAAUAAUGUGACUAGAUAAAAUAGAAUUAGUAUGUAAAAAUCAUCAUUGACGCAAGAAAAGACGAAUUUGCUUAAUUAUAACGAAAAGGUUUCCCUUUCUCCUUCUUCCUUCCAACUCAUGUAUUUCGUAGGUCUGUUUUAUUUAUUGUACAUACAUAUAUACUACUGCUUUAUGUAUAUAAAUAUUGUGUAAGUUAUUUUUGUAUCAAUACGAGGGUCCUGUAAGUGUAAAUAAAGAAUAACUUAAAUGUCA